AUGCAGCACCUGUAUCACCUGCAAACAGGCGAGGGUGCGUUCAGAGAGAGGGGGAGGGGUCGAGGCAAAGGCACGACCAGGAGUUAUCGGAAGAUCGCCCGGCAAGUGAGCACGCCGGACAGCGCGCCAGCAGGCUUAGGCAGUCCACAGGCUGGAAUAGGAGGGCUGCAACAGCACCAGCAACAACCGCAACAGCAAACGCAACAAACGCUUCAUCAGCCGGAUCCCAUGCAGCAAUCCAAGGACAAUCUGAAUCCCGCGGCGAACCAACAAACCGGGGCACUUAGGAACGGAAAUCCUCCGCCUCCUGUCGUUUCUAUGUCACCCGGCGUGAUGCCGUUCUACGGUGAUUCUGGCGCUGGUUUCCGGCCAGCAGCUGGCUUCGGGAACACUGUUUGGCACCAGGGAGUCGCUCCCGUGGGAGCAGUUGCGGUUGAAACGUCAGCAGCACCAUGGCCACCUCAGCAGUUCAUUCAACAAAUUCCUGCACCGAAUCAGCUCGAAGAGCUGAGGUAUCAUACCCAAUACACCGCCGCCGCACCAUACCACCCACAACCAGUCGCAUAUCAGCAGCAGACUUUCAUUACUACGGAUCAGUCGGCAUUUCAACGUGCCGGGGCGACAGGACAAUACACAAUCACGGGGCAACCCUCGCCCUUGCCACCGGUCGCCCCACAAACCGUACCAUCGACAGCUCAGAGGCCACUAAACGGUCAAUUCAUGGAUCCCGCUGCUACUGCAACCCAAUCAGUUGGUUAUGAAAGGCAGGAUUACGUCAAUGGUUACCAACAACAGGACGUGACGAUGGCACCGCCGCCUUCAACCACCCCGACGAGCCGCAGCAGUUCCGUGCACAUGGACAAUCAGCAGCAGCAACAAGCCUCACAGCAGCCGCCGUCUCAACCGCAGCAACCGCCGACGGACACGCAGGUGAAGGGAUUCGCGACGAUCGCGGCGAGCAACGUGUCGGGAAACGAGAUGCCUGGGUAUCCACUUCAACCGGGCCCACAGAGUUUACACAACUCUAACGGAUAUCCAGGCUACGUAGAAAUGGGUCAGCAACAAGUACAGAAUCAAUGGCAGCCGCAGCAGGUGGCUCAGCAACCGCAACAGCACCAGCAACAGCACCAGCAACAGCACAUGCAACGGCAGCAUUCGGUACCUGACGGUGGCCAACGGCACUUAUGGUCCGAUACCAGUACCGGUACAAAGAUGAACAACGUGAACAACAGCAUGAACUGGUCGGACGGGACGUUGCAGCAGCAACAGCAAUCGCAUCAGCAGUCGCAUCAGCAGUCGCAUCAGCAGUCGCAGAAACCUCCGCAGCAACAGCAGCAGCAACAACAACAACCGGGUAUGCAGAGUAACAGCAUGAAGGGGCAAGAGACGCAGCAAAGUAUGCAGAUGCAAGGACAACAGGAGCUACCCCGGCCAGCGAGUCACAUGAGUUGGGAGAACAGCAACGUGAAGGAGACGCCGCAGACACCGCAGUCGUGGACGGACAAUACGACGGACACCAGUCAGCAGCAACAAACUCAGGGAAAUUGGUCGCGGCAGAGCCCGAAGCUGAGGGAUCCUUCGCAGAAUCCGAGAUUGACACCGUCUAGUCAACAACAGCAGCACCAAGGCUGGCUGCAGCACUCGCCCAAGUUGUCGGACCAUCAACAGAAUCCCUCUCACCAGAACGCCCGGAUGACGCCCUCCGGCCAGCACAAUUGGCAGCAGAGCAGUCCAGAGAUGCAACAGAAUUCGAAUCAGCAAAAUCCAAGGCUGACGCCAUCCAGUCAACAGAUGCAGCAGCAGCAGCAGCAGCAGCAGCAGCAACAACAGCAACAACAACAGCAGCAGCAACAGCAACAGCAGCAGUGGUCGCAACAGACGAAACUGGAGAAAAGUCCUAGACUCACUCCGUCUAAUCAAAUGUCUUGGCCAGAUACGCCAACUAGUCAACCAAAUUGGUCGCCUAAUAGUAUAAAGAGCGACAGUAGUCAACAACCUCAACAACAAUGGCCAGACUCGCAGCCUAGUCCGAGGAGAACGCCUGGCGCGUGGCAGCCUCAGCCACCCACUCAGCAGGAGAACAAAAUGGAGAACCAAAUGUCUUGGUCGCCGAACUCGGUGGCCGAGAACCAACCGACUUGGGGCCAACAAACGACCAAACAAGACAUGCAGAACUCCGGGGAAAGAGUGCUUUGGCAGCAACAGGACACUGGGAAACCGAAUGGAUUCUCAGACCCGCAAGACGCUCAGGAGAGUAAUGUAUUUGCUCAAUCGAAUCGCGUGAAUCUGAACAGCCGACUGAAAUCUAUGAUUCUGAAUAAGCAACAACAACAGCAGCAGCAGCAGCAACAGCAACAACAGCUGCAACACCAUCAACAACUUCAACAGCAACAGUCGCAACAACAGGCUCAACAUCAAAUGACCCAUCAGGAGCAACAACAUCACAACAUGCAUCAUCAAAUGCAGUCUCAGCACGUGAACAGCAACAGCGGGGCUAACGGCGAGUAUCACACGGAGAACAGGAUACGAGACGCGCGCGACAACGCGGAGAAAUUGCAAGAGAAGCAGGCGGAUCAGUAUUUGAGCCAGUCGAACAUCAUCUCGAUGGCGCAGUCCAACGAAUCCUUGACCGGUAAUUUUUUAUUGCAUAGCCACCACCCUCGGGUCGAUAGUUUGCCCGACGGUGGUGGCUUAUGGGAAUGGUCAGGGGGAGGUAACAACGCGUUGAACAACGGUUCCGUUCUCCCGGAGAACGGGAUGACGGUCAUCGAGAGCUUCAUGAAGUUUGGCUCAGAAGACAAGACCGUGCUGGACAAACCCGUGUACGAGAAACAGCAGCAACAACAACAACAACAAUCGCACUAUCAUCAGCAAUUGCAGCAACAACACGAGCAACGACAGUUAUGGAAGGACGAGAGUAAGAGCCACGACAGCCAGAGCAUCGAGGACAAGUCGUUUCAGAAGAGACUGUGCAUAGACCAACAGACGAACGAUAGCAACUUCGAGUCCCGUGGAAACAGCAGUAUGGACAACGAGAAGAAUCACGGAACGGAAAACGACGUUGGUUUUCCAGAAACACCUCGAGUGACGUUAGUGAACGAGAACGACGCCGCCUCUAAUUACUCAGAGAGUAGCGAGAAGAUCGCGUCGACCGAGCCGCCCAACAGCUCCAAUUGCGACUCGUCUCAGAAUAUCAAGCAGGAGAACAUGGUCGACUACGGCUGCUCUAGCUCCGACUGCGUUCCAUCGCCAACGGCCUCGUCGAAGAGCGACGGCUGCGCGCCGAAGGAGAUCAAGAGCGAGCCGGAUCAACGAUCGCUGAAAGGCAAUGACUACAAGUUCCGUGGUGAUGGCGGGCCUGCCAAAGUAUCACCGGGCGUCGGCUCGUGGUGUUGCCGACGUGGCGGCACCGAACAACCGACGCCGGAACACUUGCGGGAGGGUUGUUGCCAGGGCUUGCAAACGAGGGACGAGAUACUGGCCGAUUCAGCGGACAAGUCCGACGUGAAGAACGAAAGAUCACAAAGCCCGCGCACCGGUGGCGUGCCAUCGACGACUAAAUUGCAGGAUCACUUGGACAAACUGAAGAACAAUGUCAGGAGCGAAGUGCCAGACUGCAACUGCUUCCCAGCCGACAAAUGUCCGCCAGAGCCCGGCUCCUACUACACUCAUCUCGGGGCGGCUGCAAGCCUGCCUGACCUACGGAACGAUCUUGAAAGAAGAACCGGCCUUAAGGGAAACGCCAUUAGAUUCGAAAAGGUCAUCUACACCGGAAAAGAGGGGAAAACUACUCAGGGAUGUCCAAUGGCUAAAUGGAUAAUCCGACGAUCUGGUCUGGAAGAGAAGAUCCUGACCAUAGUGAAACACCGGCAAGGGCACAAGUGUCCGACAGCCUGGAUCGUCGUGACCAUGGUUGCCUGGGAGGGUAUACCCACUCACGAAGCUGAUCGAAUCUAUUCGCUGUUGAGCCACAAGCUCAAUCGAUUUGGUCUUCCUACUACUAGACGAUGUGGCACCAACGAGCCGAGAACCUGCGCUUGCCAAGGUCUCGACCCUGACACUUGCGGUGCAAGCUUUUCCUUUGGAUGUUCCUGGUCAAUGUAUUAUAAUGGUUGCAAAUACGCCAGAAGCAAAACCGUCCGUAAAUUUCGAUUGUCAGUACGAUCAGAGGAGCAAGAAGUCGAAGAAAGGAUGCACGUCUUGGCAACACUUUUAUCGCCUCUGUACCUCAGCCUUGCACCGGAAGCGUUCAACAAUCAGACACAAUUCGAACGGGAAGCGAGCGAGUGCCGUUUAGGGUUCAAACCGGGCCGACCUUUUUCCGGUGUCACGGCCUGUAUCGACUUUUGCGCGCAUUCCCAUCGUGAUCUUCACAACAUGAACAACGGAUGCACCGUGGUGGUCACUAUGACGAAACACCGAACACUAUCGAAAGCCGAGGACGAACAGUUGCACGUACUUCCCCUUUACAUCAUGGACACUACGGACGAAUACGGGUCAAAGGAGGGACAGGAUGAGAAGGUUCGCGCCGGAGCUGUUGAAGUUUUGUCAAAAUAUCCCUGCGAAGUGAGAGUUCGAUCGGUCCCACUGCAACCAUGCAGAAGACACGGCAAGAAACGGAAAGAGGACGAGCCGGACACGAUUAGCAGCAAGAAAGACAGUUCGAAGAGCAGCAAUGAAAAGAUUACAGACGCAGGACGCAUGCCAGGACACCAAGAGAUACCCAGACCGCAAAUGAGGGACGCCCAACUGUCCCUGGAAAUGGCGUCCAUGUUCGAAGGAAUGGACGCCCAGUUGCAAAGCUCUCAGGUAUCAUCCACUGUUCUAGACAGUCCGGUGUCCAUGUACCAAGGAUGGGGUUACCAGAACGAACAACAAUGGGGCAGAAACGGCUGGCUCGAUCAGCGGAAAAACAACUGGCUGAACCCGUGGAGAGAGUACUCGUUCGGUGGUCUGGACAGAGACGCGAAAGUCGACCCGGAUAGUACAAGUCUAGACGAUAUCAGGCCUAGGAGCACCGUAUCUCAGGAUGAGCAUCGACCAGGUUCACGAAAUUUGCCUAAUUCCACCAUGGACUCUCCGAGGAAUUGUUACCCACACUCGCCGAGGGUCCAUCCUAUUUCACCAAGGAGCUCUCACACGGGAACACCAGGAGACAUUGGUUACUCAAUGUCUCCCAGAGGAUGUCCAUCCACCCCUCAAGAUCAGAAAAUCGCUUCGCCGAGGAGUUCUGGGUAUCCGGACACGGGCUACGUCCAUCCACUCCACAAUUCCAGAAACUAUCCGAACAUGUACGACACCAGGCAGAGUAGCGCGUCGCCGAAGGCGAACUGUACAAAUUUUCCGGCCCAUUUGGACCAGAGGAACAUGCUCAACCGUACGAGUCAUCAUCAUCAUCAUCAUCAUCAUCAUCAUCAUCAGCCGUACAACGUGAACAAUGUUCGAAACGUCGGCCAGAGCUGCGAUCAGUCGAAAUUGCCGUACUCCAAACCUGCGCAAGAUUCUAGUCAACAAAAGUAUCCUACCACGCAGAACUACUUAGAGGCUCAAAAGUCGCAGAUCGAGCAGCCGUUCGUGAACAGAAUACAAGGCCAGCAUCACCCCCCACAUCCCGUGCAGUCCGGUAGGAAUCUUCCGUAUCAAGGCCAGCCCGAUACGAACGCAGACACGUUCACCGGCCUGUCUUCUUGCAUGGACAACCCUAGUCACAAGCCGUUCGGUGCGGCGAAUUCAGAUCUGUUGUUACACAGCUCGACGCAUCUUCCGAACAAUCCGCCGAACGGCGCUCAAAAUUUAGGAUCAGUCGAUCAGAGAAAAUACCAGAGGGUGUACAAGGGUCCUGAACAGAAGACAACCGGAAUCAAUCAGAUGUCGCCGGUGCCUUCCGAUCAAGUGGGAAGCUGGAACAUGCUCGGUACCCCGGCCUGGUAUCCCGAUCAAACUAAACCUUACAAUCAGGAACAGGUGUACAACAAUCAAAUGGGUACCGACAGGAACCAUCAACAACCGAUAGAUCAUCAGAAAACGUUCAACUGGAACGACAGAUCGCCACAUCCUGAUCAGUCGAAACCACCUUGCUGGGAAACACCCUCGGAUCCCUCUCCGUUCAGGGUGCCGAAGGGCAGGCCACCGUCGAGGACAGCGUCCAGCCAGAAUCCAAGUGCAGACAAUACAUAUCAAAAUUCUUCCAAUAAAACAUUCCUCAAGCCUCAAGAUCCGACGCGGAACGGUGUCUACGCGGACAGUCCGAGUAACACCGCGGUGCAAAGCACAGUGGCAGCGCAUCAGGGUAACCAACGACGACCAGAGUGGCCGGAUGAAAAGACGAAAGAAGGUUUCCACGAUUCCAGACAGAACGCCGGGAAUUCAAACUCGAAUUGCUUCCCAUGGGUGGAGGAAAUGAAGCAGGUGCAAGACUUCCACGGGAUGCCGGGCCUGGGACAUCAUCCUCACGCAUCCUUUCCGCAAUACGGAUUGUAUCCGACGUAUCCGGUCUUCGACAAACCGUACUCAAACUCCUGGGAGGGUUACAACUACCAUCAACCUUAUCCUCACCCCCAAACGCCAGAGUAUCCGCCGCAAUUCUAUCAACAACCAAAGAGAGAAGCCUGUUUCCCUUCGCCUCAAUAUUCCUACCAGGGAGUGCCCCCGUAUCAAGGCCUGAAUCCAAGUUGGGCAAGAUGGGAAGCUCCUCGAUGGGACAUUUACGGACCACCGCCAUACUUCCCGGUGUUGCCAGAGCCCCCGCCGAAGGCAGAACCACUUGGCGAAGUGGCCGACUUCUCCGACAACGAGGAGUGCUUCAAGGACUCGCAGAUGGGCGGAGUGGCGAUCGCGUUGAGCCACGGUAGCGUGUUGUUCGAGUGCGCCAAGCACGAGAUGCACGCCACCACCGCUCUGAAGAAGCCUAAUCGUCUCAACCCGACCAGAAUCAGCCUGGUCUUCUACCAGCAUCGUAAUCUCAAUCGGCCAAGGCACGGAUGGGACGAAUGGGAGGAAAAGAUGCGGCUUCGCAAAUUGGGCGUCACGAGCACCACCACAACCACCACCACCACUACCACCAGUUCCUCUUCGUCGAGCACCUCGCAAUCAUUGCCAACUCCAUCGACACCGGCUAGUCCAGCCAGCGCGACCAGCGAGAAAUCCACCCCGUUACCAUACAUACCCAGCGUUCCUAGUUCUCAGUUCAUGAUGAGAUCGCCCACGUAUCCCACCAUGACCUGGACCACCCUGUUCCCGAUGCAUCCGUGCAUGAUAACUGGCCCGUAUCAGGAGGGAGGGGCCAUUGGAUGAGUAAUCGUCGGAGGGUGCGGUUCCAGCCACCAAUGACCAAGAACCGUGCCAGGAAUCGAUCGAGCGAUCUCGCCGGGCUGAUCGAGUGGAAUCUCGACACAGAUUUCACUCAGCGACGCUGUUCCACGUCGCGCGACUUCGACGCGAGGAACGGUGAAACCUGUCACCGGGGGAACAACGAUUAGAGAGGAAACAAAAACGAGCAACAAGCAGCUAACGUUUCAAGAGGGGACGAACAAAAAGACCAACAAAAAAAAAAAAAAAAAAAAGACAAAAUCGAGUCAAAUCAUCACCGAGGAGGAGCUUUCUAUCGUAAUUCUAUCGGAUCGUCGUCCUAGACGAGUGUAUAGUUGUUGCCGAUGAGAAGAGAGGAAAAAAAAAAAGAAAGGAACAACAAGAAACAAAAAGACAAAACGAGGACAAAGAAGAAACAACACGUUUGCACUGCCAUUUUUCUAUCUCACGUUUUUUCGGGAAAUAAAUAAUAAACGUAAACGGAGGACAGGGGAAACACGGAGAGUGAACAGGAAGUGUUAGAGAGCAGCAGGUGACGGAUUCGCAACGCAGACGUUUCGUCAGCAGGAGUUCAAUUUUAAUCGGGGCUUCCCUUUUUAUAUCGAUCUUUUACACGAAUCGCAGUGAGAUGUUGCGAGCAGGAAGAGGAAGAGGAAGAACGUAGGACAAUCGGAUGAACGAUGGACAUCAAGCACGACGAGGAUGUUCAAUAGUAUCCAGAACGGCAAUGUUCGAGGUUGAAAGUGGAGGAGAAAUAUAGGCGAGGCAACUUGAUCGACCGAGACGUGUCACGCGCUUUUUAAAGAAACACACUGAUCGCAAUCGAGGCUAAGUUUCACUUUCAGUAAGCCGAAUUGAAAUGACAAAGGGAAAAGCGUGUUCGAAGCCGUGAGAAAUUUCUUUCGCGAGAAAUUGAAUGAUUUCGAUGUUAAACGAUCGAAUGGAGCGUAGAACGAAUGGAGAGCGAAAGAAUAACGGGGAAGAAAAACGAAAGAAGAAAAAAAAAAAAAAACGACGCGAUAAGAAGGAAAUUCAGAUAACGAGGGAAAGACGAUGAAAGAAUGAAACGUAUUUCGAUUGUAUGUGUCUUUGAUAUUUUUUAUUUUUUUUCUUUUCUUUUCUUUUUUCAAUUUCUAGAAAAAUGUCAAUGUAUUCCGGUAUCCAAUUGUAACUCAUGCCCAGACACGACGGUUACUUUGUUUCCUUUGCCAUGUUUUUUGACAUACGGCGCAGCACGGAAUUGCGAACACGUACGUAUGGUGCGUGCUAACGAUCCAUCAUUUUUGUACAAAGCCGGAUCAAUUUUUGUACGAAAGAGUGUCGAUCUGCCGUUUAUUUUUCCGCACGUUCUCCCUUUGUAACAGAGAGUUGUUGUUGUUGUUGUUGUUGUUGCAUCAUCAGACAUACAUAAGUACAUGUGCGCAUCAUGCAGGGCCAAAAUCGUCCGUAGAUUCUAAUUCGAUUAAUCGGCGUCAUCGAAGUGUAGACUUUUAUCCGAAAUCAUCCAACCAGACAACCCCAAAAAAAAAAAAAUCUAACGACGAAUAUAACGUAUGAUAGUUUCGAGUGGAUCAUUUU